UACUCUUCUUCCAGAGAUCCCUCUUGGCCUUUCUAGCAGUGACUUGUACACAUUUUCCGAUUUCCUGUGAGCCGCCGCCCUGCGGCAGCAGCAGCAGCGUGGUGACUCAGGACCCUGGUGGCCAGCAGGCCCCCAGCUCUGGGACAGCUUUGUUUGCUCAGGCCUUUGGCUCUGGCCUUCUUGCCUGGGGCGGUCAAAGGAUUUCCUGAGCCUCGCCCUGGCCCUGCCCUCUGAGAGCUAAGGCAGUUUAGCCGAGGCCUGGAGUUGGGGGGUUGGGAGCCCCUAAACUGAGUAGCUAUUCUUUUAUGGGGCUAAGGAGAUGGAACACAGAGAGCCUGGGACUGGCCAGAGGCCUCCUGAGGAUGAGGAAGAGAUGAUCCGUCGAGCUAUCCAGAAGGAAUUGAAGAUCAAGGAGGGCAUGGAGAACAUGCGGCGUGUGGCCACAGACCGACGCCACUUGGGCCAUGUGCAGCAGCUGCUGAGGGCCUCCAACCGCCGCCUGGAGCAGCUGCAUGGCGAGCUGCGGGAGCUGCAUGCCCGAGUUCUGCUGCCAACCUCAGCUGAGCCAGUGGCCUCAGGACCCCGGCCGCGGGCAGAGCAGUCAAGGGCUCGGCACUUGGAGGUUUUACAGAGGCAGCUGCAGGUGGAGCUGAAGGUAAAGCAGGGAGCUGAGAACAUGAUUCACACGUGUGCCAGGGGCACCCACAAGGAAAGGAAGCUCCUGGCAGCUGCCCAGCAGAUGUUGAAGGAUAGUCAACUGAAGGUAACCCUGCUCCGAAUGAAGAUAAGCAGCCUGGAGACCAGCGGAUCUCCAGAGCCAGGUGAGGCCUCUCAAGGCAGGGAGGGUGGCACCCAGUGGCCAGGGCUGAGGGUUCACCUCCUUCCUGCAGGCCCUGACUUGCUAGCGGAGGAGCUACAGCACCGACUGCGAAUCGAGGCUGCUGUGGCUGCAGGAGCCAAGAAUGUGGUGAAGCUACUUGGUGGCCAGAAAAUGCAGGACCGCAAGGCGCUGGCUGAGGCCCAGGCCCAGCUCCAGGAAUCCUCCCAGAAGCUAGACCUCCUACAGCUGGCCCUGGAUUUGUUGCUGGAGAGGCUGCCACCCACCCAUUCGCUGCGCAGCAGGGUGACCCGAGAGCUGCGGAUGGCCAUGCUCGGGAACCCCCAGCCUUCAAGGACACUUGUGAAACCCAUUGCUCUGACAGGGACACUGCAGGUCCGCCUCCUGGGCUGUGAACAACUGCUGACAGCUGUGCCUGGACGGUCUCCCAUGGCUGUCCUGGCAGGUAGCCCCUCUGAAGGCUGGCUCCGAACCAGGUCCAGGCAGCAGCGUGGUGGUGGAGGAGAGCUGGCCAAUGAGGUACUGGCUGUACUGAAGGUUGACAAUCGUGUUGUGGGCCAGACAGGAUGGGGACAGGUGGCUGAGAAAUCCUGGGACCAGGCUUUUAUCAUCUCCUUGGAUCGAGCCCGUGAGCUGGAGAUCGGGGUUCACUGGCGGGACUGGCGGCAGUUGUGUGGUGUGGCCUUUCUGAAGCUUGAGGACUUCCUGGACAAUGCCUGUCACCAGCUUUCUCUCAGCCUGGUGCCACAAGGAAAGCUCUUUGCUCAGGUAACCUUCUGUGACCCUGUCAUUGAAAGGAGGCCUCGGCUGCAGAGGCAGAGACGUAUUUUCUCCAAGCAUAGAGGCCAGGACUUCCUGAGGGCUUCCCAGAUGAACCUCAGCAUGGCAGCCUGGGGACGCCUGGUCAUGAGCCUGCUGCCCCCCUGUAGCUCACCAAGCACAGUCAGUCCCCCUAAAGGAUGCCCCCCAACUGAAGCAUGUGGGACCUCCAAUUCUGCUUCCCCCAGUAAUUUUUUGUCCAUGAAGACCCUCUCCGGAGAAGACAUGAAGCCUCCACCCAAGCCCCCUCGUCUCUAUCUGCCCCAAGAACCAGUCCUGGACACUCCUUGUAUCAAACGCCCCCACAUGGACCCUAGAACUGGAAUAGCAACCACCCAGGCGGUCUCACCCACGAGGAAACCCCUCCAACUUCAAGACUUCCGAUGCUUGGCUGUGCUGGGCAGGGGACACUUUGGGAAGGUCCUCCUGGUCCAGUACAAAGGAACAGGAAAAUACUAUGCUGUCAAGGCACUGAAGAAGCAGGAAGUGCUGGGCCGGGACGAGAUUGACAGCCUGUACUGUGAGAAGCGGAUCCUGGAGGCUGUGGGUCACACAGGGCACCCCUUCCUGCUAUCCCUCCUUGCCUGCUUCCAGACCUCCAGCCACGCCUGCUUUGUUACUGAGUUUGUGCCUGGAGGAGACCUCAUGAUGCAGAUCCACGAGGAUGUCUUUCCUGAGCCCCAGGCCUGCUUCUACCUGGCCUGCGUGGUUCUGGGGCUACAGUUUCUACAUGAGAAGAGGAUUAUUUACAGGGACCUGAAACUGGAUAACCUGCUGGUGGACGCCCAGGGCUUCCUGAAGAUUGCGGACUUUGGACUAUGCAAGGAAGGGAUUGGCUUUGGGGACCGGACGAGCACCUUCUGCGGCACCCCAGAGUUCCUGGCCCCCGAAGUUCUGACUCAGGAGGCUUACACUCGGGCUGUGGACUGGUGGGGCCUGGGUGUGCUGCUCUAUGAGAUGCUAGUGGGUGAGUGCCCAUUCCCGGGGGACACAGAAGAGGAAGUGUUUGACUGCAUUGUCAAUGCAGAUGCACCGCGUCCCCACUUCCUGUCGGUUCAGGGGCUUGAGCUCAUUCAGAAGCUCCUCCAGAAGUGCCCAGAGAAGCGACUAGGAGCAGGAGAGCAGGAUGCAGAAGAGAUCAAGGUUCAGCCAUUCUUCAGGACCACCAACUGGCAGGCCUUGCUUGCUCGCACUGUCCGGCCCCCCUUUGUGCCUACUCUCUGUGGCCCUGCAGACCUUCGCUACUUCGAGGGGGAGUUCACCAGCCUGCCUCCAAUCCUGACCCCACCAGCACCCCAAAGUUCCCUCACUGCCCGCCAACAGGCUGCCUUCCGGGACUUUGACUUUGUGUCUCAGCAGUUCCUGGAGUCCUGAGGGUCUCCUGGCCCCUCUGCCUCCCUCUGCCAGACUGUAAGAACUCUCCACUGUCCAUGUGCCCAGGGCCAAGGUAUUUAAUGAAUGUAUGGGUUUCCAGGUAGUGGGGCUGCUGCUGGAGACUUCCCUCAGUGUUACUGGGUGAGCUGUGUCUCUAACCCUUCUGCUUCCUGAUGAGGAAGGCCCCACAACAGGAUGGUUUGUUUUUUUAAUACUUGCCUUUAUAGAGUAUUAAAUUAAUAAAACUAUACAUUCGAGGUA